UGAUGAUCCUAGAAAGAGAAUAUAUUUUCACAAGUGAUGUGAGGGCUUAAUAAUAAGUACAAAUAACAUAGAGAGCUCAGAAGUGGCCAUGUCAGGAUUCGCCGCAUGCUUGACUGUCUCAAUACGCCAAUAUAAAUCUCCAUUGCCUUUGCCUAUAACUCUUACAAGCUCUUCUUAAAUGCCAAUCUUGUCUAUUUAUUGUGUAAGCUUUAACUUUAGGACACUAUCACCACAUCCACACGGUUAAACCAUUCUUUAUUAUUUGUUUAUUUCUUUAGGAGAGGAGCAAGUAUGAAGUAUUGUCUUUGAAAUUGGAUGAAUUAGCCCUUUAGUACAUAAACUUAAAGAAACUUUCAAACAAAAGAAAGAAUAACUUGCAUCGCUAAAGUUUCUUUCUCCAAGUCCUUUUUUGCCACUUUGCCCUUUGAAAGCUCUUUCCUUGUGGUUUCAACCCCAGAUAAAUUUGAGGCCAAUUGUAACAAGAGAUCUCAUUAAUUUCAAAAUUGUAUACACAUAACAAAGUAUACACAUAUUAAUAUAUGGUGAAGGUAACAAUAGUAGGAAGAGUGAAAGAGGGGUUACCUCUUGCACAAGGACCAAGGUAUGUAAAUAAGGAAGAGAAUAAGAGCUUCUUAUUUUACAAGCAACAAGGAGAAUUAAUACUCAAAGAAAUAUCUAGAGGAUCUUUGCCACAUUCCAAGAUGACCAUCCGAAUUGAUCAUCAAUAUUGCUUCAACUACUUGGUUGAGAAUGAAAUUGCUAUCAUUACCUUGUCCGAUUCCUCAUAUCCAAGAAAGUUAGCUUUUCACUAUCUUCAAGAUUUGCAAAAAGAGUUUCAGAAGUUCGAUUCUAAUCUCAUUGAGAAAAUUACAAGGCCUUAUAGCUUUAUUGGAUUUGAUAGUGUCAUUGUGAAUAUUAGAAAGCAAUACAUUGAUACAAGAACACAAGCCAACCUAUCCAAGCUUAAUGCUAAUAGAAAACAAGAGUUAGAUAUUGUUACAGAAAAUUUGACAGAAAUCUUAGAAAGAAGGAGAAAUUCAGAGUUACAUGAAAUAAAAUCAUCACCACUAUCAACUCCUAGAGCUGUCUCCUCAAUAUGGGGCUCAUCACAACUUGAGGUGAUUGCACUGAAAUGGACUCCUAUUACGAUCGUACUUGUUGUUUUGGUUGUCGUUUCCUGGGCUGGAUUGAUCAUAACAGACAGCAUUUUAAUUUCCAGUUCUUACUAGCAUAUGUUUUUUUUUUCUAGGAAAAUAUAUCAAAAUACAAAUUCUGUAUUUUAUAUUGUUAAUAAUACUUAUUUGCUGCCUUAAUUUAUAAAAUUUCUGUAUUUAAAUUAUCUUUUUAUAAACUAGGCCAUAGCCGCACGAAUUUGGUUGUUUUUUUACUAUAAUAAUAAAAAAAUUAAUUAUUUAUUAACAGGGUUUUUUUUUUAUUUAUUUUAACACUUUAAAACAAUUUUUUUUUUUUUUUGCAUUUUUACGAAAUUCUAUAUAGAGACUCCUAUUGCAACUAGCACUGCAACCUAAAUCGCAACAAAAAAUCAUAUAGCAACCCACAUAAAAACUACC